CGGUGACUCUCCGCCCGCCGGACAGAGCAGCAGCAGCAGCCGGCGCUUCCAGCCGGCGGCCGGGCCCGGGGGGGCGGGAGCCGCGCUCCGGCACGAAGGGGGCGGCCAUGGCCGGCGAGCCGCAGAAGAAGCCGCACCUGUCGGCCCUGGUGGGACACACCAACGGGCUCACCAAGCCCGCCUCGCUGGCGGCGGCCGCGGGAGCCCGGGCCGGGGGCGCCGCCGCCGCCGCCUCCAAGAAGCUCGUGAUCAAGAACUUCAGAGAAAGACCUAAAUUGCCUGAUAAUUACACGCAGGACACAUGGCAGAAGCUUGAUGAAGCAGUGAGAGCAAUACAAAGUAGCACCUCCAUUAAAUACAAUCUUGAAGAGCUCUACCAGGCUGUUGAAAACCUCUGUUCUUAUAAAGUGUCCCCUACACUGUACAAACAGCUCCGGCAAGUCUGUGAAGAUCAUGUGAAAGCACAAAUUCUUCAGUUCAGAGAAGAUUCUCUGGACAGUCUUUUAUUUUUAAAGAAGGUAAAUAAAUGCUGGCAAGAUCACUGCAGACAAAUGAUCAUGAUUAGAAGCAUUUUCUUAUUUUUGGAUCGUACAUAUGUGCUUCAGAAUUCAUUGCUUCCUUCUAUAUGGGAUCUGGGGCUAGAGCUUUUUAGAAAGCACAUUAUUAGUGAUAAACUAGUUCAAAACAAGACCAUUGAUGGAAUCCUCCUCCUGAUUGAACGGGAACGGAAUGGUGAAACUGUGGACAGAAGCCUGUUACGAAGUCUGUUAAGCAUGCUGUCUGAUCUACAGGUUUACAAAGAAUCAUUUGAACAAAAGUUUUUGGAGGAGACAAAUUGUUUAUACGCGGCAGAGGGCCAAAGGUUAAUGCAAGAAAGAGAGGUCCCAGAAUAUCUUCACCACGUUAACAAACGUUUAGAAGAAGAAGGAGACCGAGUAAUAACAUAUUUAGACCAUAGCACACAGAAACUACUAAUUGCUUGUGUGGAGAAGCAACUACUAGGAGAACACUUAACAGCUAUUUUACAAAAAGGACUUGAUAAUCUGCUUGAUGAAAACAGAAUAUCAGAUCUCACCCAGACAUACCAGCUCUUCAGCCGGGUAAAAGGUGGGCAGCAGAUCCUGUUGCAAAACUGGAGUGAAUACAUCAAGAACUUUGGGACAACUAUAGUGGUUAAUCCUGAAAAGGACAAGGAUAUGGUGCAAGAGCUACUAGAUUUUAAGGAUAAAGUGGACCAUAUCAUAGAAGCGUGCUUUCAGAAAAAUGAGAAAUUUAUAAACUUGAUGAAGGAAUCCUUUGAAACAUUUAUCAACAAGAGACCAAAUAAGCCUGCAGAAUUGAUAGCAAAACAUGUGGAUUCAAAGUUAAGAGCUGGAAAUAAAGAAGCAACAGAUGAAGAGCUGGAAAGAAUCCUUGACAAAAUCAUGAUAAUAUUCAGAUUCAUUCAUGGUAAAGAUGUGUUUGAGGCAUUUUAUAAAAAAGAUUUGGCCAAAAGACUGCUGGUUGGAAAAAGUGCAUCCGUAGAUGCUGAGAAGUCAAUGCUGUCAAAGCUUAAACAUGAAUGUGGUGCUGCUUUCACCAGUAAACUGGAGGGAAUGUUCAAGGAUAUGGAACUUUCAAAAGAUGUCAUGAUUCAGUUUAAGCAGUAUAUGCAGAACCAAAGUGAUCCAGGCAAUAUAGACCUGACGGUAAAUAUACUUACUAUGGGAUAUUGGCCAACGUACACACCCGUGGAAGUCCACUUAACUCCAGAGAUGGUUAAGCUUCAAGAGGUAUUUAAGACCUUUUAUCUUGGAAAACACAGUGGUCGAAAGCUUCAAUGGCAGACCACUUUAGGGCAUGCUGUCUUGAAAGCAGAAUUUAAGGAAGGAAAGAAAGAGUUUCAUGUGUCACUCUUCCAGACAUUAGUGCUGCUUAUGUUUAAUGAAGGAGAUGAAUUUAUUUUUGAAGAAAUUAAAAUGGCUACUGGCAUAGAGGACAGUGAAUUGCGAAGAACCUUGCAGAGUUUGGCCUGUGGGAAAGCACGGGUAUUGAUUAAAAAUCCAAAAGGCAAGGAUGUAGAAGAUGGAGACAAAUUAAUCUUUAAUGGUGACUUCAAGCAUAAAUUGUUUAGAAUAAAGAUCAACCAAAUACAGAUGAAAGAAACAGUUGAAGAACAGGUUAGCACAACUGAAAGAGUGUUUCAAGAUAGACAAUAUCAGAUUGAUGCUGCUAUUGUACGAAUAAUGAAGAUGAGAAAGACACUCUGCCAUAACCUUCUUGUUUCUGAAUUGUAUAAUCAGCUGAAAUUUCCAGUAAAGCCUGGAGACUUGAAAAAAAGGAUUGAAUCUCUCAUAGAUAGAGACUACAUGGAGAGAGACAAAGACAACCCCAAUCAAUACCACUACGUUGCAUAACGGAGAGAACUUUUUUUUCUAAAAAACACCAGAAUAAUGUAUUCAGGACAUUGAAUACCUAUGCUAUUUCCAGACUUUACUUUUAGCAGAUCUCAAGUUGAUGUAUACUGUUCAACCAGCUGCAUGCACUGGUGUGGAUGAGAAGCAAAGGAAAGGUUUCUUGGAUCAUCCUUGUCAAGACUCCUUAGUGAUUUUUAAAUGGCACAUCUUUUAUUUUUUAGUUCUUCCAUUUGUUCUUUUGAGUACUUCAAAAUAUGUUUGUUCUCCUUUGUUUAAAAUUAACUUUUUGAAGUUGGAAGGGAAGGUAAAAAAAUAUUCUAUUUUUCUGUGACAGAGAUGCAAGUCUGGCUUAUUUAUGUAUGUGUUCAUGACAGCACAUCCAUAAAGACCCUUAAUGCUGCAUUCUUUAGCUACAAAAAUCACUCGGGUAUCUUUUAAAACCCCUUUUAAUUGAUUAACCCUUUAUGUACCAACACUCAGUGAAUUUUUGAAAUUAUGCACCUUGAUACUGUUUUCAUGUUUGUUUAAUUUUCUUUCAAAAUAGUUCUAAACUUCAGUCUGGUUUGGAUAAAUCAGGUUUUGAAGUGAAAUCUUCAAAGUGCCAAGAGGACAACUGUGUUAAAAUGUCUGUAGUGAGCUGUCUGAUUACUUAGCUAAGGUAUUCAUUUGUGGAAUUUUUUGCUCUAAGGCAAGUGAUUUGCAUUACUGUUUAUGUAAAACUUCAGUAAAAUUUAGUGUUGCCUUUAGAGACAAAUAUAAGAUAAUUACUGUACAGUGUACUCAACACAGGAAGAGAAGAUUUCAAAGGCUUUACAGUUUUGAUGUGAAGUAAUAGAUUUUUGUCUUGAGAGACUAAGGAUUUUGUGAGUUCCCUGUUACAUAUUGUAUAUAUGUAAGUUGAUUUGAAUUAAAGAAUGAAGAACAUGUAGAUCUGUUAGAUAAUUAUAACUCUAAGGAAGAUACUUUCUUGUGGUAAUAUUUACAAGCCUCUGUUUUAUUUUACAGGAUUUGCAUAAUGGUGUUUCAUUCUGAUUAAAAGCUACCAAAGGAGUUUUGAUCAUGGUCUAAUGAGAAUUUAACUAAGCAAUAUUUUCUUGAAAAAAAAAUUACUAAAUUUAUAUAAUAUGAUUUUUGUGCAUAAAUUAUAAGUCCACGACCCUUUCUUAAGUAUCCAUUGCUAAAAGCUGACAUCUUGUGGGUUUCUAUAUUAAAGUCCUCAUUCUGUCAUCUGGUCUCACUAAUUGUAUUGCAUUCUUUGAAUUAUUUUUAUUCCCUUUCCUCUGUGUUAGAAAUCAAACUCCCUAUCAUAUGUUUAGUACAAUAAAAGUAUUUAAAAGCUAUUUAAUAUUGUAAUUUAAUGUAGAUUUAUAUUUUAACUUGCUUUAAUAUUUAAAUCUUUAGUUGAUUCAAAUAAAAUCUCAUUGAUAUAUAUUAAAUAUUAAUUUCUUAGCCACCAUGUGAAUUUGACACUUUAUCUCAAUCUGUCAUUGAAUAUUAAUUAGCAGACCCUAACUUUUAACUAAUUUAUUUAUUCCCUAUUCACAUCACAAUCUGCCAAAGUCAGUUUGCUAAAACAUACUGCUGUUUUUGGUGAUUUAAAAUAAAAAGCUUUAUGUAAUAAACACACAAAUGUAACGUGGCAGAGGUUUCAUCAGACUACAGACUUGUGAGUGAUGGGCAGUAAUCCAGUAACCUAUGCUAUUUGAACAAUGCUCUCUACCUCAGGGGUUCUUAAUCUUUUUCUUUCUGAGCCCCCUCCGCCCCCAACAUGCUAUAAAAAUUCCACUGCCCACCUUGUCACAACAACUGUUUUUCUUCAUACAAAAGCCAGGGCCGGCAGUGGGGGUACCAAACAGGGCAACUGCCCAUGGCCCCAAGCCACAGGGAGCCCCCUGCAAAGCUACAUUGCUCAGACUUUGGUGUCCGCCCUGGGUGUCAGGGCUCAGGGACCCAGGCUUCAGCCCCAUGCGGUGGGGCUUUGGCUUUCUGCCCUGGGACCUCGCAAGUCUAAUGCUGACCCUGCUUGGUGGCCCCCCCAGGGGGCCCCGGACUCCUGAUUGAGAACCACUGCUCUACCUUAUCUUUCCUGCCCUCCACCCAAAAAAUAAACUCUUAACUUUCUGACUAGUGUUUGAUUAAAAACAAAUUGUUAAAAAAAAUUGAUGCUAUUAACGAUAAGAUAUAUUUUCAUCAACAAGUGAAAUGGCUCUCCCUGUGGAAGCAAGGUAAUUGACAGACAAGAAUUCUGAGCUAUGUAAUUAAAAAAAACAUACCUAGAGAGUGGUAUUUGUUAGCCAAAUUACUCUCACUUGUAUAGCAAUAAGAUUUUUUAGAAUCUUUUUUUGUUAGAAUUUUUGCAGCCCAAACAAAUGAGUAACCAUUUUAAAACUAAUACAUUUGCAUCCAAGUCACUAGUGACCGGAUGUUUAUUGGCUUAUGUGAAAUGAGUUGAUCUUAGUACAGUUCCUUGUGUUUACAUCACAAUGAGGACUUUUGUUGCAGUGACUGAGACUGAAGGUUGUACAGUCUCUGUGCCACUAUAAUAAAAAUGGCAUAUGGUAAUAAUAUUGUACAAUAAUACUGUAAUUGUCUGAUUAUGGUACCAGAUAUACACAUCUCUAGUAUUAGAGGCCAAACAUUCUUUAUUCACCCCUGAUAUGGCAGUAGUAUAUCGUGUAAAUUAAAGCCAACCUAUUAUCUAAAUUGUCCCUAAAUUAGCACAAACAGUAAUUGCCACUCAAGCCCCAAUUUCUCUGCUGCUGAUUCAUAUUCAGACACUAAUGAAAGUGUUCAUUAGAUGCUUGUUUAAAAAAUUGGUGAAUUCUGUGGUACAGAUGUGGGGACCCGCAUGAAAGAUCCCCAUAGCUUAUAUUUUACCAGCUUAGGUUAAAAACUUCCCUAAGGCACAAAUUCUUUUCUUUGUCCUUGGAUGGUAUUGCUGCUGCCACCAAGUGAUUCACACAAAAAUUCAGGAAAGGGUCACCUGGAGUCCCUAUUCUCCCAAAAUAUCCCCCCAAGCCCCUUCACCCCCUUUCCUGGGGAGGCUUGAAAACAAUAUAUUAACCAAUUGGUUACAAUGUGAGCACAGACCAAACCCUUUGGGUUUUAGGUCACUGAAAAUCAAGCAGGUUCUUAAAAGAAUAAUUUUAUUUAUUAAAAAAAAAAGAAUCAUACUUGCAAAAUCAGGAUGGAAGGUAACUUUACAGUUAUAUAAAUAAAAAGACUUAAAAUACAGAGGAUUCCCCUCUGACUCUGCUUCCCAGUUACAAAACAGGAAUGAAACUACCUCUUAGCAUAAGGUGCCUCUUGAGGACUCCAACAGUUAAAUACCAUAUCUGGGCUCUGGGUUUUUUUGGAGAGGGAGAGUUUUGUGGGGUUUGGUUUUGUGGGGUUGUUGUGCCUUUUUUUUUGUGGGGAGGGGAGGAAAAAGAGGUGUAACUAUUUUUUCGUGUACUAGGAAGAGGUUAUGUUGAAGCAUGCUGCCUGUAGCCUAUCUCAUAGGCCUCAAGUAAGACUAUAGAAAAGUAGCUCAGGACAUAAAGGUUUCUCUCCCAGGAUUGAUUAACAUGAUGAGGAGAGUAACCAAGUGAUUUACCUUCCUGAUGAAGAGCUGACCCUCCUUCAUUCUCUGCACCAUGAAACUUACUAGAAACAGAAUUUCAGGGGUAAGACAAAUAGUUCUAAAGCAUGAGAGACAGGAUAUCCUUUAACCAAGCUGGGCAAGCGAAAUAAUCAUAUUACAAUGUCCUGUGCUCCAUAUCUUCUUUUCCACUACAGCAUCUAACCAUCUUUAUGACAACACAUUUUUAUGGACUAAAAAGUAUAGCCAAUUAAUUGAUUAUACUUGCCAUUUGAUAUUAAGAAUAUUCAAGAGACUACAUAACCAAGCGCAGCCAAAUUUAUUAUCUAAAGAUAAAACACACUACGGUACAUGAAAAAGUUAAUACAUCACCAAUCCUGCCCAGGAACUGAAGUCUUGCAGUGUGUUCAGUUCAUCUUGUACAGAGAAUGUGCUUCCUAAGUGCCCCCUUAAACUGGCCAUCUUUUAUAGCAUAGCUGUUUACAAGUAACAGAGCACUUAAAGUUUAACAAGCCAGCUUUGUCUUUGGUGCCUCCUUGUACUUUCCCAUCUUUCGUUUGAAUAUUAAAUACCAAAUGUUAAGGGGCAUGAAGAUACUCCCUAAUACAAAGCGUUCAUACAUCUUUCAUUAUUUCCUUGUACUACAUUCUACCUUUGUUUCAUAAUGCUCGUACAUCUAGUUUUUGACAGUUUUUGUAUUUGCUUAAGCCAAGUGCUGAGCUAUACGUCUCCCAGGGCAUCAUGGGAUAUAUGCCGAAGCAUAAAUGAGCAAAAAUAAGUAGUGUACAACUUAGCAUAAUUACCCAGCAGACACACAUGUAUAUGGUAUUUAUAUAAUAAAUAGCUAUUCAUGUCGUGUAUGUAAACAUAACCUAAAUGCACUGGCUAACACUACCUUGCUGCUUUUUUGCACUGGGUUAGCCAAAGAAGUCUUAAUAGAAUUUUCUAGUUUUUUUCAAAACACAUGAAUUUUAGAAAAAUCUAUAAAUCCUAAACUAUGAUUCUACUUUACAACACCUUCUCCCCCUUUUUUUUUUUUAAAGUACGCAAAAGUGCAGUUAACUUCACACAAACAGCCUCAACUAGGAUCCCUUAACCUAGAACUAUGAAGCAUAUCUAUCCAUUAUAUGGUCAUCUUCAGUGUCUACUGAAACUUUCAAUACCUUUUAAUCAUACAGUGAUUGUGUAGACUUGAUCUUCCUUAGGAUUAUCUUUUAACAAUUUCUGAUUUGGCAAAAGCAGACUGAGGCAUUUCCCAUAGUUCCAGAUGGAGGAGGUAAUCUCUUUUAUUGAACCAACAUCUGUUGGUGACAGAGACAAGCUUUUGAGCUUUCACUAAGGUUGGUCCAAUAAAAUGUAUUACCUCACCCACCUUCUCUGUAAUAUCCUGGGACCAACAUGGCUAUAACAACACUGCAUACAAAGAUUCCAUGGGUCGUACAAAGAGUUACUGCAGUGGUCCCCACAUAAAUGUCCCAUGGUGCCCGCCAGGGCAUUUAUGCACGCCCGCCUAGUGCCUAGCAGGGGAGAGAAGCCACGGCCUGGUGCCUGCUGGGGACAGAGAACUCCGGGGCUGCAGGCUGCGGUCACCGGUGUUCUGUGUCCCUGUCAGUUGCAGGGCCCCAGCUUCUCUCUGGUUUCUCUCCACGCUGCCCAAAACUGCUCCCACCAAAAAAAAACCCUGCUCGGACUCUGCUGCCCCAAGAAUGGACGGAAUGCCACCCUGUCGCAUGUGCUGCCCCAGGCACAUGCUUGCUCUGCCAGUACCUGGAGCUGGCCAUGUAUGUGAAUAUUCUUCCACUGCACUGAUACUUCUGUUUUCUUGUGCUUUGCGAUUUAUUAUUUUUUGAAUAUUUUGCCCCAAAAUGAGUGGUUCAAAUAAAAGACAAAGUAGGAAUUAUUUCACCACAGAGUGGGAAGAAUCCUAUUGUUUUAUUGAAAAUAAAGGAAAAUGUGUUUGCUUUUUGUGCAGUGGUACUGUUGCAGUGCUGAAAAAACUUAAUGUCGAACGCCAUUUCCAAACUAAUCAUGGCUCUUUUGAUGUUAGCCAUCCACUUAAAUCUGAGUUGAGAGAGAAGAAAAUUAAUCAACUCUAUCUGCUCAGCAAUCUGUUUUCACUAGACAAGUGGUAAAGUCUAAAAGUGCUACUAUUGCUUCCUUUAAAAUUGCGCAUCUGCUCGCAAAGAAAAAAACAUUUCAAGAUAUUGAAUUGUUGAAGGAAGCAUUUUUGACUGGUGCUGAUAGCCUGUUUCAAGGAUUUCCUAACAAGCAUGAGAUUUUGUCGGCAAUACAAGACUUGCAGUUAUCAAACACAGUUACGAGGAGGAUACAUGCAAUUUCAAGCGACAUGCAAACUCAGCUAAAGGAUGACUUGGAAAUAUGUGACUGGUUUUCACUGCAGUUCGAUGUGUUAGAUUAUGAUUUCUUUAAAUGGCUGAGAAAGGAACUGUGCCGAAUAGAAUGACUAUUCCUGUCUGUGUGUCUUUUUUGUAACUUAAGGUUUUGCCUAGAGGGGUUCUCUAUGUUUUGAAUCUAAUUACCCUGUAAGGUAUCUACCAUCCUGAUUUUACAGAGGUGAUUCCUUUACUUAUAUUUACUUCUCUUUCUAUGAAAAGUCUUCUUGUAAGAAAACUGAAUGCUUUUUCAUUGUUCUCAGAUCCAAGGGUUUGGGUCUGUGGUCACCUAUGCAAAUUGGUGAGGAUUUUUACCAAACCUUUCCCAGGAAGUGGGGUGCAAGGGUUGGGAGGAUUUGGGGGGGAAAGAUGUGUCCAAACUACGUUUCCCAGUAAACCCAGUUAGAGUUUGGUGGUGGCAGUGGAUAUUCCAAGGGCAAAGGAUUAAAUUAAUUUGUACCUUGGAGAAGUUUUAACCUAAGAUGGUAAAAGUAAGCUUAGGAGGUUUUCAUGCAGGUCCCCACAUCUGUACCCUAGAGUUCAGAGUGGGCGAGGAACCUUGACACAUACAAAAUAAAAUCUUAUUUCGGUUCCACUUAUCUAUGCAAAGUUCUGUUUUCAACAAUGAACAUCAUAAAAUCAAAAUACAGAUCUCCACUUACAGAUGCCCAUCUUGACAAUUGCUUAUGAACGGAAAUAUCAUCCUACUCUCCUAACUACGAAAAAUUGGCUGUAGAAAUGCAGUGCCAAAAAUCACACAGACUUUAUUAGAAAAAACACGUGAAUUAAUUAUACCUAUUUUCCAUUAAGUGCUGAUGAGCGUGUAUGAUUAACUUGUGUUUAACUUUUUUUCAUAUUUGUUUGUUACUUGUAAACAAUACAAAGAAUACUUUUUAAUUAACCAUUACCGGCUAUCUAUGUUAAAGUAAGAAUAAUAAAUGCUGAACUGCUGGUCCAAAUGUAAUGUUUUACUUUUUAAAAAUAAAUAAGAUGAAAACUG